UUGGACAUAUUUAUAGCCGUGUUAAUUGCAUUUCAGCCUGCUUCUUCAAACUGGAUUUUUAGACAAGAAUACAAGACACUAACACAGCAUGCCCACUCCGAACCCGAACAGUGAUAGCAGCACAGCGCCAUCUAUAUCGAGCGACAAUGGUCGGGAGGGCGAGCAAACACCUGUGACUGCUUCGUGUGCUGGACGUCUGAGGACCGUCCAGUCGGCUGAACCCAUCAGGCACUCCAUGUCCGGUUUUAGCCUCUUCAAGAUGGGUAAGGAUCAGAAGCGCAUGGAGUUCACGGUAGCGACCCCGGAGGAAUACGUGCACCGCUUCGAGGGCAAACGCGUCAUCAACAAGAUUUUGAUCGCAAAUAACGGCAUCGCAGCUGUGAAAUGUAUGCGAUCGAUACGAAGAUGGUCAUACGAAUUAUUCAAGAAUGAGAGAGCAAUCAGGUUUGUCGUCAUGGUGACACCAGAAGAUCUGAAAGCAAAUGCAGACUUUGUCUACAAACCGUGCGGGCCUAACGGAUCGUGGGCCGGUAAAAGACAAGAUGAUUACAGUAACGUGAAGGGCUGGACCGACUAUACUCAGUGCUACAACCCAGAGAUACUGGACGUACUGAACAAGCUACACGCUAGGGACGAUGGAGCCGGACAUGCCUGUACGUAG